AUGGACUCCGAAAUCAGAACCCACAUCCCAAACAUCGAUCCCGUCCUGUCCGAGUACUCGGCCGGCUACCUGAACCAUGCCGCCACCCAGUUCACCUCGGACGCUGACCCCAAUGCCUCGUCGCCCCUCGACGAGGCGGCGGCGGCUGUGAGCGCACUGCUGCUGUCUGCCUCGGGCGACCUCUCCCCCCAGAACCAGGCUAGCAUCCAGAGCCUCGUCGACAAGUUCGUCGCCCGUCUGAGCUCGGCCAAUGGCACCGACGGCGAGCGUCGUCAGAUGGCGCCCUCUGCCAAGAAACUCGACCAAGCCAUCCACGUGGGCUCCGCGAGGAACAUAUCCUCGACCAUGGGUCUCGCCGGCGGUGUAGUCGAUCUCGAGUCUGCCAACACCCGCAAGGUCGAGUCGAGGGUCGACCGCAAGAAGCUCGAAAAGGCCGAACGCAAGCUGCGUGCCAAGCAGGACCGCAAGGAGUUCAAGAAUGUCGAGUACGAGGCCUCGAAGCUUCUGAACGAGCCCAAUGAGACGCAGAGCUACGAAGAGUUCUACAUGGCCGUCAACCCGCUGCAGCUCGGUGACUCGGCCAACAAGAGCAAAGACAUCAAGAUUGACAGCUUUGAUCUCACCAUGCCUGGCCUCCGCAUCCUGACUGACAGUUCGUUGACCCUUGCUUACGGCCGACGAUAUGGUCUGGUCGGCCAGAACGGCAUUGGUAAAUCCACGCUGCUGAGGGCCCUGGCUCGUCGUGAAGUGGCCAUCCCAACGCACAUUUCCAUUCUGCACGUAGAACAAGAGAUUACUGGUGAUGACACACCGGCACUACAAGCCGUCUUGGAUGCCGACGUCUGGCGGAAGCAUCUUCUCAAGGAGCAAGAUAAAAUAUCAAAGGAACUUGCCGACAUUGAAGCAGAGCGUGCCACUCUGGCGGAUACCUCUGCUGAUGCUGAAAGACUAGACAAGCAGCGUGAGGGUCUUGACACGACUCUCAGUGAUAUCCACGCCAAGCUGGCUGAGAUGGAGUCUGACAAGGCAGAGUCGAGGGCUGCCAGUAUUCUGGCAGGUCUUGGUUUCUCUCAGGAGCGACAACAGUUUGCGACAAAGACGUUUUCCGGAGGUUGGCGAAUGCGACUGGCCCUGGCUCGUGCCCUCUUCUGUGAGCCCGACUUGCUGCUGCUCGACGAACCGUCCAACAUGUUGGACGUCCCCUCGAUUACAUUCUUGGCAAACUAUCUGCAAGACUACCCCAGCACUGUGCUUGUUGUAUCUCACGACCGAGCGUUCCUCAACGAAGUCGCUACCGACAUUAUCCACCAGCACUCGGAGCGGCUGGACUACUACAAGGGCGGCAACUUUGAUUCCUUUUAUGCCACCAAAGAAGAGCGCCGCAAGACGGCGGCGCGCGAGUACGAAAAGCAAAUGGCAGAGAGGGCGCAUUUGCAGACCUUCAUCGACAAGUUCCGGUACAAUGCUGCCAAAUCGUCGGAAGCUCAGUCGAGGAUCAAGAAGCUGGAGAGGAUGCCCGUCCUUACACCGCCCGAGGCCGAGUACUCUGUGCACUUCAAAUUCCCCGAGGUGGAGAAGCUGUCGCCUCCUAUUAUCCAAAUGACGGGCGUCUCGUUUGGGUACUCCAAGGAUAAUAUUCUACUGAAAAACGUCGAUCUCGACGUGCAGCUCGACUCGCGUAUCGGUAUUGUCGGGCCCAACGGUGCGGGUAAAACGACUGCGUUGAAGCUGUUGAUUGGCGCGCUGCAGCCGACAAGUGGUCUCAUUUCACAGAACCCGCGACUGCGCGUGGGCUUCUUUGCGCAACAUCACGUGGACGCGCUGGACCUGAAUGACAGCGCCGUGGGCUUCAUGUCGAAGAAGUACCACGGCAAGGCGGACGAAGAGUACCGCCGCCAUCUCGGCGCCUUUGGCAUCACAGGCAUGACGGGACUGCAGAAGAUGGCUCUGCUGUCGGGAGGACAAAAGUCGCGUGUCGCCUUUGCAUGCCUGGCGCUGCAGAACCCGCACAUUCUGGUGCUGGACGAGCCGUCGAACCACCUGGACAUUGAGGCCAUGGACGCGCUCUCGGAUGCGCUCAGGAACUUCCAGGGAGGCGUGCUGAUGGUCAGCCACGACGUGACGAUGCUCCAGAACGUGUGCACCAGCCUGUGGGUGUGCGACAACGGGUCGAUUGAGCACUUUGAGGGAACGGUGCAGGACUACAAACGGCGCAUCACGGCACAGGCAAACGACGCGGGCGUGACGCAAUACAAGCAUGUGACGACGUGCGCGCUGGUGUGGUGCUUGACCUAUGGGCUUGUGUGGCCGGAUUGGGCGGCGCCUGGAGAGAGUGUAGUGUGUCCAGGGCUCCGCGUCCACCACCCACGGCCGGCCAUCACUCGCACCCACGUUUCCCGCCAACACAGCACGACGGAGCAAACAACCAUCUCGCCUCCUGCACCCGCCCCGAGCCUGUCCGCUGCCCCGCUGCCUCAUGCGCGUAGCUGUCUCGUCGACUCCGCGCUUGCCCCUUCGACCUCAUUGUCUGUGCCGUCCAAUACAACACCUCGAGCCACCGGCACCUUGUCUCGCACGCAGGCUCCCAGCACCGACGGCUUGUCCGUAGUCACUCCUUUGCCUUCUGAUUCCACCCAUCGCCCGCCGUCCCCCUCGCCGCGCCACGUCUCCGUCUCCGCCUCCGCCGACAGCGACGCUGCAUCAUCGACGGCCGCCGAAUCGCCAUAUCCCCCUCCCUUCUCGUCGCUCUUCUUCCCGUCCGAGGACGCUGAGGAACGCAGCAAGCUCGAGGAAUCCCCGCAGGACGAGUCGCCACCCGCAUUCACCUCGGCGCCCGGCUUUGCCCCGUCCGAGUCGUCUGCUGCCGCCGUAGCUGCUACCAAGGCCGCGCUUCCCCACGACACCAAGGACGGCUCUAGCAGCAAGGACCUCGACGACGGAGAACCCCCGCCGCCCUACAGCGAAGGAUCGAGCCCGCUCGAGUCGUUUACCUACGUCAUGGCAUCUGCAGGAGGCCCCGCGAGUAUCAUUACUCAGGUAUCGCAAACCAGCGCCGCGCCGCCCAUCAACACGCUUGGCGCAUCUGAUGAGAAUAUCACGUUGGAGCUGAGAGGCACGCGCUUCACGCUAUCGCGCGACGAGCUUCUCACCCUUCCCGAGUUUGUCCUCCUCUCCCUGUUCCCCAAUGGCCUCCUCCCGGACGGUCAUAUGAACUCCUACCACGAAGGAGAUGUCUACCCAGUCGACGUUGGUAACCCUGUUUCUUCUUGCUUCCCCUCUCCUCCAUUGGCCACUGUAGCCAAGAUCCUACACCACCUCUCCAAACCCACAUUAUACUUAUCUGACAAUCUCUAUCAUUCACAGUACGAUCCAAACUCGCUGCAGUACAUGCUCGAGUUCUUCCGCACCGUGGCCCAGACCAUCCCCGCAACGCCUUCUCCGACGACGGCCUCUGAGCAUGCCGAAGCUGUGCCCAUUGAGCCUAUGCACGGCUCUGCCAGAGACAUGCUCCAAGACCGCGCUGGUAUCAUUGUGCUUCGCGAAGAUCUCGACUUUUAUGCAAUCCCGCCCCACCGAGACAUUACCCAGCCCGAGAUGAUUGAGGUCAAGCGAGCUGCAGGUGAGGCCUUGUUGCGGCAAGACGGUAUUUUCUCUGGACUUAGGAAGAGCGAGGAGCCAGGAACGACUGAGCAGCACCUUAUCGAGAUGCUGACCGCUGGCGGCUUCAACCACGAUGAUCGAUGGGGCCAUCGUGCUGGGGAACCCAACAAGGCCGUCAUCUGCAGCAUUGCUCUUGCGCGCCUGAGGACGGAUAUCAAGGGCAACGAUCUCGCCAAUAGCAACGCUGUCGGAAUGGCGCAGAAGCUGUUGCUCUUCUGGAGGAAACCUGCUCGUCGCUGCUGGUGGGAGGGUGUGGAGCUUGAGAAUGUCCGAGGUGUCGAGGGAAAGCUCAAGGUGUGGAUAAGGCGGGUCUGGACUCUUGAAAUGAGCGUCAUUGGCCUUCGCUAAGACGGAUGGUGUGUUUAUUUCGACUGUAAACAUUUGUGGCGUUUCCCUUUUUUUUUUCUUCAUCUGAUGUUUCUUUGGUGGGCAUCGUUACCGUCGAUGAAAGAAACACCAGUCAGUUGAUCCGUUUCCUAAGUGUGUUUUUUCUUGAUACCUCUCUCUCUCUCUCUCUCUCUCU